AUGUGUGCACGUGGAUUAUUUAGCCAGUGGAAGCAACCAAUCUUCUUCGAUUUUGAUUAUGAUAUGUCGGUUACUAUUUUAAACAAUGCAAUAAAAAAACUCCAUGAUGUUGGGUUUUUAGUAGUUGCUUUUGUGUCAGACAUGGGACCAAAAAAUAGAGGCCUUCAUAAAAAAUUAGAUAUAACUCCAACCAAACCAUAUUUUGAGAAUCCAAGUAUUCCAGGUGAAAAAGUAUUUUGUUUUGCAGAUACACCACAUUUGCUUAAGCUUAUAAGAAACCAUUUAUUAGAUAAUGAUCUCAUACUUGCUGAUGGUCAAGUUAUAAAUAGAAAGCCCUUGGAUAAACUAGUGGAAAUUCAAACAGCACAAUUGAAACCUGGAUGGAAACUAUCAAAGACUUUACUAGAUGUUAAAGGGAGUGAAAGACAAAAUGUAAAAGCGGCAGCAAGAGUUUUAUCUGCAAAUACAGCCAAGGCAAUACUUUUUGUUGGUGACAAUCAACUUUUUAAUGGAACAGGUGCAGAGAAUUGUUACAAAAUAACAUCUGACUUUAUUCAAAUGGUGAAUGACUGGUUCGAUAUUCACAAUUCUAACAACCAAUUUGGACCACAUCCGGCUUUUGGAAAGGAUCUAGAUAAACAAAUUGAUUUAUUGAAGAAAAUGUCAUCAAUAAUUGAAAAUUUAAGAGUCAAUAAGCAUUGUUCAAUGUUGCCUUUCCAACAUGGUAUACUAAUAAGUAAUUCAUCACUUAUACAACUUUUGCCAUACUUACAGGUAAAAAUAUUUCCAGUAGUCUAA